CUCUGUUUUGCAUAUAUGGACUAUGGUCAAGACCUAAAAGAGAGAAAUUUAUUCAACAACAACGCAGCUUAUAGAUGACUGAUGAGAAAAGCUCUAUGUUUAACAGAGAAUCUAUCAGCCAUAGCCGAAAACUCGACUACUUUGCUCAAUUUGAACCGGAGACUAACGGGUCUCACUCGCUCCGGCGAGAACAGAAACGCUCUCAAGGUCUUCGUCGAUGUUCACCGUUGCACAAUUCUGAGACCAGACGAGUACAGUGUCUCGUUAGCUAUUACUGCAGCUGGGCACCUCCGUGAUACCAUCUUCGGUGGUCAGGUUCAUUGCUAUGCAAUUCGCUCUGGUUUAUUGAGUCACUCUCACGUCUCCAAUACGCUUCUCUCGCUAUAUGAGAGAUUAGGGAACUUAGUUUUAUUGAAGAAGAAAUUCGAAGAGAUUAAGGAACCAGAUGAUUAUUCAUGGACGACGCUUCUGAGUGCAUGUUUUAAGCUUGGGGAUAUAGAGUAUGCUUUUGAGGUGUUUGAUAAAAUGCCUGAGAGAGAUGAUGUUGCGGUUUGGAAUGCUAUGAUCACUGGUUGUAAAGAGAGUGGCUAUCAUGGAACAAGUAUCAAGUUGUUUCAAGAAAUGCACAAGCUUGGUGUAAGACAUGACAAAUUUGGCUUUGCUACUGUUUUGAGUAUGUGUUACUAUGAUUGUUUGGAUUUUGGCAAGCAGGUACAUUCGCUGGUUAUAAAAGCUGGAUUUUUGGUUGCAUCAUCUGUUGUGAAUGCCCUAAUUACAAUGUAUUUCAAUUGCCAACUGGUUUGUGACGCUGGUCUGGUGUUUGAAGAAGCUGAUGUUGCUGUUCGUGAUCAGGUCACUUUUAAUGUUGUUAUUGAUGGUUUGGCUGGUUUCAAAAGAGAAGAUUCUUUGUCAGUGUUUAGACAAAUGCUUGAAGCUGGUCUUAGACCAACCGAUCUGAGCUUUGUUAGCAUAAUGAGUUCGUGUUCAUGUGUGGCUAUGGGGCACCAAGUACAUGGAUUAGCCAUCAAGACAGGGUAUCAAGAUUAUACUUUGGUUAACAAUUCCACUAUGACAAUGUAUUCUUCUUUUGAGGAUUUUGGUGCUGCUCGUAGGGUUUUCGAGUUAUUGGAAGAGAAAGAUUUGGUUACUUGGAAUACAAUGAUCUCCAGUUAUAACCAAGCGAAAAUGGGUGAGUCUGCGAUGUCAGUAUACAACCGCAUGCACAGAAUAGGAGUUAAACCGGAUGCGUUUACUUUUGGAAGUCUUUUAGCAACCUCUCUAGAUUUAGAUUCCCUGGAGAUGGUUCAAGCGUGUAUAAUCAAAUUCGGACUUAGUUCAAAGAUUGAAAUUUCCAACGCGUUGAUAUCUGCCUACUCGAAGAAUGGACAGAUAGAAAAAGCUGACCUAAUAUUUGAAAGAUCGCCAGGGAAGAAUCUAAUCUCUUGGAACGCGAUAAUCUCAGGGUUUUACCAUAAUGGGUUUCCCUUUGAAGGUUUGGAAAGGUUCUCGUGCUUGAUAGAAUCAGAGGACCGAAUCUUACCUGAUGCUUAUACUCUCAGUACCCUUGUGAGCAUUUGCGUAAGCAUUUCAUCUUUGAUGAUCGGAAGUCAAACUCACGCUUACGUCCUCAGACACGGCCAUUUCAAGGAAACAUUGAUAGGUAAUGCCCUUAUCAACAUGUACUCUCAAUGUGGGACUAUACAAAAAUCUCUUGAAGUGUUUAAUCAGAUGUCUGAAAAAGACGUUGUGUCAUGGAACUCUCUGAUCUCUGCAUACGCGAGACACGGGGAAGGAGAGAGCGCGGUUUCAACCUACAAAACCAUGCGAGAUAAAGGCGAGGUAGAUCCCGAUGCAGCCACAUUUGCAGCAGUUCUCUCUGCUUGCAGCCACGCCGGUUUAGUCGAAGAGGGGCUCGAAAUAUUCAACUCAAUGGUGGAAUAUCACGGUCUGAUACCGAACACAGAUCAUUUCUCGUGCUUAGUCGACCUUCUUGGUCGAGCAGGUCACCUCGACAAAGCGGAAAGCUUGGUAAAAAUUAGCGAGAAGAGCAUAGGUUCUCGUGUGGAUGUCUUAUGGGCAUUGUUUAGCGCUUGUGCUGCCCAUGGAGAUUUGAAGCUAGGAAAGAUGGUUGCAAAGUUACUAAUAGAGAAAGAGAAGAACGAUCCAUCGGUUUACGUUCAACUGUCGAAUAUUUACGCAGGAGCUGGUUUAUGGAAAGAAGCAGAAGAGACUAGAGAAGCCAUGAACUCAAUUGGAGCUAUGAAACAACGAGGUUGCAGCUGGAUGAGAUUGUGAUCAAAUUUGGUUUAGUCGUACACGUUAACCGGUUGCUAAAGAAAAGCAUAAUCAUGAGCCUCUUCUUGUAAGAGUGGGGGGUAUAAUGAUGAAUGAUAAAUGAUCAUCGUAUCCUAAAGUGUAGCUGUAUUAUUUUGAUUUAAGAAUACAAAGAAAAACACAACUUUUCAUCUAUUAUUA